AUGCGUUCCAUAUUUACUAAAAAACCUUCUACGUUAUUGCUAGUCGCUGGCGAUAGCGACUAUGUUCCUCUAUUAGAGGAAGCCAAAGAAGAAAAUUGGAAGAUUGAAACAUGGUUCUGGGAUGGAUCAAGUUUGUUUCCCACAGGAAUGUCUAGUGAACUUAGAAGAAUUUUGUCUUAUGUGUCAUUGGAUAAUUACUACAAGUCUUUUAUAUAUAUCAUAGGACUUAAUUACACAAAUAAUAAAUAUACUCUUGAGAUCAGUGGUAAUAUUAUUAAGGAUUGGCGUUAUAGAAAUGAAACACUGAUGGAAUGUUUUUGUGAAUUGGGAUUAUUUGGUAGAUGGCACUGGGUGGAUGACACGACCGCUCUUUUGUAUUUUGAAAAAAAUAAGCAAUUGGAAGAUGCAAAAUCUUUGCUUGAGCGUAAGCAUCCAG